UCUCAAGCGCUGUGAAACGUGUUGUCAGAGAAAAUAGUGUAACCUUCUGAAAAGCAGCACCUGGCACGCAAGGAGAAAAAUAACUUUGGUGAACGAUUUAUACGGCUAUAAACCGGAGUGAUGGAUACAAUACUAUCCAACGGACACAAGGAGAACAAUGUGGCUGCUAGUGGCUAUUUCAAAAAGGGCUGUAACCCCUUUGCACAGACGGGACGAAGCAAGCUGCAGAAUGACCGUGUCUCUCUGAACCAGCAGAUCAUUAAGGAGAUGCGAAUGAGGGCCGGUGCUGAAAACCUUCUGCGGGCAACCACAAACAAUAAGGUCCGGGAGAUGGCAGUGCUGGAGCUGAGCUAUGUCAACUCCAACCUGCAGCUUUUAAUGGAGCAUCUGGAAGGCCUCAACAGCUCUGUAGAAGUCUAUCAGAACGCAGAAGAGUCUUCCAGCCUUCCUCUAAUUGCUCUGGGUCUAAAAGAGACAAAAGAGGCAGAUUUUUCAGUUCCUUUUAAGGACUUUAUAUUGGAGCACUACAGUGAAGAUGGCUCAAAUUAUGAAGAUACAAUUGCAGAUCUUAUGGAUCUACGACAGGCCUGUCGAACUCCGAGCAGAAACGAAGCUGGCAUCGAUCUGCUGAGCAGCUAUUUCAGUCAGCUCAGUUUUGUGGAAAACAGAUUCUUCCCACCCAGCAGGCAGAUGGGGAUUUUCUUCACCUGGUACGACUCCUUCACAGGAGUGCCAGUAUGUCAGCAGAACAUCGCCUUGGAGAAAGCAAGCAUACUCUUCAACGUUGGAGCUCUCUACACACAAAUAGCUACACGCUGCAAUCGGCAAAACCAGUCCGGACUGGAGAGCGCCGUUGAUGCCUUUCAGAAAGCUGCAGGCACACUGAAUCACCUGAAGGAGACCUUCACACACACCCCCAGUUAUGACAUGAGCCCCGCCAUGCUGAGCGUGCUCACUAAGAUGAUGCUGGCGCAGGCACAGGAGUGUGUGUUCGAUAAGAUCGCGCUGCCUGGCAUCAAGAACGAGUACUUCUGUCUCUGCAGAAUGGCACAGGAAGCAGCCAAGGUGUGUGAUGUGUAUAGUCUGGUAUACCAGUCGAUGAUCCAGACUCCAGUUAAGGACCACGUCCCCUUCUUCUGGUCAGCCAUGGCACAAGUGAAGACGAACCACUACAGAGCUCUAGCACAUUACUUUGUGGCUACUGCACUGCUGGAUCAUGAGUUGUGUCCCAGUGACGAUGAGGACAAGCAGGAAAAAUCCUUGUCCCAGCUCUAUGACAGCAUGCCUGAUGGGAUGUCACCACUGAAAGUACUCAAGAGCAAGGAUGACCGCAAACUCUUAGGCAAGGCACACUUACGGAAAGCCAUCCUGGACCAUGAAGAGGCUUUGAGGAUACACAACUUGUGUAGACACGUGAAAAAGCUAGAUAUCCUGCACGAGAUACUGCAGGCCGGGCAUAAGCGAUCAUUAAACAAGUAUUCUGAAUUCAAUUCGGAGAAUGACUUUGUAGAUUUCAUUGAAGCACCUCACAUCAUUGCCAAAACAGAGCAAAAAGCUGAAAUGGCAGUACCUUCCUCAUCAAAGGUGAAAGUCACAGACUUUUUCCAAAAGCUGGGCCCCCUGACACUGUUCUCAGCUAAGCAGAGGUGGACGGCCCCUCGUGGCGUACACAUCACCCUGCAUGAGGGGGACCUCGGCUUCACACUGAAGGGAGUCGCACCGGUACAGAUCCAGUCCCUGGACCCGCUGAGCCCUGCUGCUAUAGAAGGAGUUAAGGAAGGAGACUACAUUGUUUCAAUUCAGGAUACAGACUGCAAGUGGCUGGGGGUGAGCGAAGUCAUGAAGAUAUUAAAGAGUGUUGGAGAUGAGGGCGUGGAUAUUCAAGUCAUCAGCCUCAUGGAAAACACAGUCUCUUCUAUGCCUAAUAAGAGCGCCACCUACUGUGGAGGACUAUCAAAGACAUACUCCAUGAUCUGCCUUGCCAUGGACGAUGACAAGGUCGGCAAAACGCAGAAAGUCGCCAAUAAGCUGUCCUUCCUGAGCUGGGGCAACAAGAACAAACAGAAGACCGCCAGCACUAUCAGCCUCCCCUCAGCAGUCGGGAAAACCUUACCCUCCAAAAAUAGUCUGUCAACAGCCUUCAGCAACAUGGACAGCUCUCUGUAUUAGUGGUUUGCAGAGUAUUGUAUUUGAACUAUAUUGAAUAAUAUUCCUUUUUCUUAAUGUAUUUUACAAAAAAAAAAAAAACAUUUUUAGAGCUGUAGCAAUGUCAGUACAGGUAUUAAGAUUGUUUUGUUUUAAAAGUGUUGCUUGUUAGUUUUAUAAUUCAUCUUCUUGUAUUACAAAUGGUAAACUGGAAAAGGAUGGCUGUGUUAAACUUGUACAGUUUACUUCAUAAUGAAUCACCAUUCUUUACUUUAGAAAAUAAAUUAAUCAAAAAUAAGAGAAUGUAAAAAUAUGAACUUUUUGAAACUUAUCCUGCUGCUGAUUGAAGGAUUUGUAUAUUGGUAACUUUCUAUUUGCUUGUCAGACACAAAAUAGAUUGUAUUUAUUUUAGUAAUACAAUAGGUUUCUUGUUAGUCAAUAGUACCCUCAGUAACAAUAUCAGAGAAAUGGUCGAACAGGCUUAGAAUAUGCACAGAAUGGUAAAGGGUUAGGGGCCCAAUUAACAAUACUAUAACCCACACUUUCUUUAAGAAUGCCAUGGGUUAAAAAAAAUACAUUUCACAAGCACAUUUUCAGAGAAAUAAAAGAUAUUUCAAUAAUCUAAAUAGUCUAACAGAACAACGUUUGUAUUACUUUAGUAUAAAUACAUGUUAAUUUGGAUUCAUAUGUUGUUUUUUUCUGACUUUAUGUGAACGAAG